CUAUGCCCUUGUUCUGAGCUGUUGAAGGUGUUGUGAGUGUUCAACGUUCAAAGAAAGCAAAGCCAAUAUUUAUUUUUAUGUGAUCAAGCAAAUGUGUUUCUGGGCAGGCAAGUAACGGAACUUUUUAACUGUGGGGCCAACUUUAUUUUUGCAUCAACAUUUUUCAUAGUGAAAGUGAGGAGGUUAGGGAUUUAUUCAGUCAUUUCAGUUGCCUCUCCUGCAGAUCUGUCCAAUUGACCCAUCAAAUCAAACUUUGCCCGGUCCUAGCUCAAAAUCUAUCUUUUUUUCCCCCCUCGCAGUUUAUUUUGGCCAUUCAUUAUAGGACAUCUUUCGUAACACCAUCAAAGUCAUUACUUCCGGCACUAAUUGAUUGAGAGAUACAGCAUGGAAAUAGACCUUUGGCCCACUCUUCCAUGCUGAACAUCAAUCACCUGUUCACACCAGUUCUUUGUUAUCUAAGGUUCUCAUUUACUCCAUACACACUAGGGACAAUUGACCUAUAAACUUGAACAUCUUUGGGAUGUGAGAGGAAUCCCACACAUUCACAGGGAGAACGUGCCGACUCCACUUAGACACCACCCGAGUUCAGGAUCGAACCUUGAUCUCCGGUGUUGUGAGACAGCGGCUCCCACCAGCUGCGACAUUGUGCCACCCUUUAAAUCCAUUCUUCAAUGUCUAACCUAAAGCUGAACUCCAAAUUGAGAUACAAUGGUGUCCUAUGUUUGUGUGAUUUAACCACUUGCCCUUAACCUCUGAACUAUUAUCAGACCUCCAUGUUCCAUUUACUCUUCCAAGUCCUUGAAAACAAUACUGAGUUACAAGUACAUGCCAUUUUUCCACUGUUUGACCUCAACAUUUCUCCUCUUCCUUGGAGCUUGACUCUUGUCACUUUGAUACACCAACAUUCUCGUCCUCAUCCAAUAUCUGUCCUGCAUUUUGAAGCUCAAUGGGACUUUCCUUCUUAGCUACUUUAGGUUAACCAGCACAUCUCUUUUUGCUCUCAAAAUGUCCUUUCUAACUUUGCUUAGGAUCAUGUUUUGCUUUCUCACAUAUGUAACACCAUCUGAAGAGUGGGGCUGUGAGCUAGAUGUCUGCUGCCCUGAAUCUAAAAAUUUCCAGUUGAUAAAUAUAUUAGUGGAGAUUCUGUGAUAUUAGUUACGAUAUAUCAGCUGAUGCACUAAUUUUACAUAAACAAUAUUAUUUACUAUAUAAUACAGUAAACCCUCAUUAUUAUGAACUUCUUUAUAACAUAUUUUGGUUAUGGUGGACUCUUUCAGAACACAGGGUGCUGAUAACAUUGUGAAGGUUAUUGAAAUUGACAAGGCACAGAAAUUGACAAGCCAUUGCUUCCAUUGACACUUAACUCUAUUAAACAAUGUAACAAACAGCCUUUAGUAUAUUUAGCUGGUAGUAACAAAAAUACUUUCUAGCUGUUACAAAGAACAAUGUACUCUCAGCAGGUUAGACUGGUUAGUGCCUUUGGAAGGAGCAUAGAGUUAACGUUUAAGAUUGAUGUCCUUUCACCCUGAACUUCAGGCGGGCAGUUGAUAGUGGGAAUCUCACAGAGCUGGACAGGGUUUCCACACUGCCACCCAAAACUUCCCAUUUUGCUCCCAAUCUCUGCUUAUGGGAAUCAGCAGCAAGGACAGUGGUUAUUACUGUUCCUCAGCUGUCCUGGACAAGAUGGUGUCGAGCAACCUUCUAGGGCCGCUGCGCUCCGUGUGGUGAGAGAGGCCCCACUGGGCUCAAUGAUGGCGUUCCAGGAUUCUGACCCGGGCAAGUGAUGUCAAUGGGGGGGAAACCUUUACUCGGUUAUAGCGGACAACGGCAAUAACAUACAUCAUUCCCCCCUCCCCCUCCUAUGGUUUUUUAUAAUGAGGGUUUACUGUAUUUUGUUGGCACAGUGGUGCAGCCUCACAAUGGCAGGUGCUGUCCAUAUGGUGUUUUCAUGUUUUCCCUGUGACAACUUGGGCAUUUUCCUACAUCCUAAAGACGUGCAGGUGGGUAGAUUAAUAGUCCACCAUACAUUGCCCCUCAUGUAUAGGUGAGUACUUGAAUCUGGAGAAUUAACAAAAUGUAGGGAAAAUUAGAUUAAUAGGAUACAAAGUCCUAGAGAACCUCAGCUGAUCAAGCGGCAUCCAUGGAGGACAUGGAUAGGUGACAUUUCAUGAGAAGAUCCUUCUUCAGACUGAUUGUAGAAGAAAAGGGAUGAGGCAGGACCCGUGUGGCAGGUAACAGGCAAAAGGGGGUAUGGUUUGAAAGGCAACUGCUCGGAACAAAGGCCAAAGAUAUGAAAUGAAGGAAGAUGUGGGACAGGUUUGAAGGGUUGAGAAAACCCUACUCCCUCCUAUGUGCUGACCUACUAAUGACCCUGAAGGUCCUGCCACUCUCUUUUUCCAGCUUUCUUCUCCCCCCUUCCCCUACAAUCAGUCUGACUCUAAACAACAUCUAUCCAUUUUCUACAGGGAUGCGGCCUGACCUGACUCCAGCAUUUUGUGUCCUUUUGUGUAUUAACCAGCAUCUGCAAUUCUUUAUUUCUGCAGAAUGAGAUUACUGAAGGUUUAGUGUGGUUGAUGCAGACUCAGUGGGCUGAGGACAUCAGUGCUGUAUUUCUCCAUCAUUCUACCAUGUAAUAUAUUAUUCGGUUAAGACAACAUCUAAAAAUAGAUUCCUUGUAUAUGUUUGCUUUUGAAAAAAUUUGAUCCUAUGUAAUUUGCACCAGGAAGAAUGAAGGUGGAAUACUGGUGUGAUUGAACUAUCCUUAUUAUGUAUGACUGCAUCAAAUACUUGCCACUGUUUCGGAUGGCAUCUUUCUUUAUACAUGAAAUAAAUAGUUGGAGCUUGCCCUGUUAAAAACCGUAGCUGGAAAAUGGACUUCCAGGUCGAGGAAGUGAUUGACGAUAAUAAAAAUGUAUUUUGUGAAUCUCCUGGAGAUGACAGUAAUGAUAGUAGUGACAAUGAUGCAGCAAUGAGCCCCACCCAUUUUCUACAUUCGUGGGAAUCGGAAAGAAAACUCAUUGAUGUUCUGAUCACACUUAGUGAGGAAGGCUAUGAAGAUGAAAAGUCGAUGGACCCGUCCGUCCCUUGUGGUGGAUGGGAUGAUGCAGUGCAUUGCUGGAGAACAGAUAACCUCCAUUCCUUCAUUCCCAUGUUGAAAAAAACAAAUAAAUCAAGAAAUGACAGUCACUGUGCGGUCUGUGCAGAGAUGGUACCCAUCGUCGCAAGGAAAACUGGCCAAGAUAUUGAACAUUCUAAAUCAUUUAGUAACACAUUUGUGUAUAAUGUCGCAGAGGAGGAUUUCAGCUCUAUCCCAGCGAAAACUCCAGCAAGCCAGAUGUAUACAUUCAGCUCUACAGUUUCACAGGUGCAAGCAAGUAAGGCAAGCAAAGAAAUUCAUACUGAAGACAAGACAGAAACUGAAAUUAAUCCACAUAAAGAAAAAGAGUAUGAAAUGAUCCUGGGCACCAUUCAACAGAUGCCCUUUAGAAAACAUUUCUCCCUACUUCCACCUGUAAAAAUUGUCAAUGACAGUGAUAUGUCGGCUCCGAGCGUCAAUCCUGGAACAAAUUUUAGUUGGGGAACACAAAAUGGCAACCCAAAUAUGAAAAUUGUGAGUGAAGCAUUGGAGAACAGUGGCAGCAUUGCCACCAAAUACUGCCUCAGGACCCAUCAUUGCAAUAUGGCUAUGCUACAGGUCAGCGACAUAGAAAAGACUGCAAUAUCUCCUCCUAUUGGAAUUACAAGAAUCAUGAAUCAUUGGUGCUGGCGAUACCCCUUAUUGCAAGACAACCAUAAUCUGUUCAUCAAUGGUGUGCCAGCCUCCAAACUAAAGGGAUACCACAGAGUGGGCCUACAGCCUAUGAAAAUAACAAAACAUCACACAAAGAACACAAAGCAAGAUAUCCCUGGGAAAUCUGCUUUCAGUCACAGUGGUUCAACUGAUAAAAGGCAAAAAGUCACAGGGCAUAAUAUUCUCCCUAUGCUCCCACAACCAGGUCCACCACCACCUUCCAGACCUAGAAUAGCAGUCUCUGUACUGCCCCAGAGACUUUUAUAGUCUUAAAUUUACAUCUCCUAGCUCUUCCAUUCUCCUAGGCCCCACACCUGCCGAGACCCAUUGUAUCGCCCAUCCUCUUCCCUGGACCCCAAUGCAUUACAUAGACUUUAGGGUCUGUUGUGAUGUCAUAAGAAAUCAUUUGGUUCUGGCAAGAAAUUAGCAAUAAUGACACAUAUAAUCUGAGAAAUGUUUACUGGUGAGUAGCAAGAGUGUAUUCGAGUCAGAUACAAACUUUCUCUCUCCCUCUCCAUGUUACAAAUAUUCCUGUAAAUCAUUCUGUAUAAAUGAAUCCAAUUAUUUUAAAGACCUAGAUGAUGUUUUACUUAAAUUGUUAUACUUCACAUCAAUACUUAGUCUUAAAUUAUGAUCUUGAUAAUGCAUAUGGUUUUGUGUCACAAUUUUAUUUCAGCUUGAUAGAAACAAGAACAGAGGAAAUAAUUUUCAGAAGUUCACAAUUUUGUGUGCCCGAUACAAAUUCCUCUCAUCUCAUUAAUAAUUCAAAUUGCCCUUCUGCAGAUGCUCUGUUCCCCAAAACAGAUCAGUCUUCCAUUAAGAGCUGGAAGACAACAUGAUACGCAUAGGGUGGCACAGUGGCACAACAGUAAAGUUGCUGCCUUACUGCGCCAGAGACCCAGGUUCGAUCCCGACUUUGGGUACUGGCUGUACGUAGUUUGUACGUUCUCCCUGUGACUGCAUGGGUUUUCCCCAGGUGUUCCGGUUUCCUCCCACAUCCCAAAAAACGUGCACAUUUUUAAGAGUUAAAUUGUCCCUGAUGUGUAGGAUAGAAUUAGUGGCAGUUGUGGUGAUUGUUGAUCAGCGUGGACCCGGUGGGCCUGUUGCCACACUCUAUAUCUCUCUAAACCUGUUA